UCGAGCAGGUGAUGACGUGAGGAGGAGCAGUGGACCUGACAAGGUAAAUAAAAAUCUGGCUUACCUCGCCUCUUCCGCCGAGAUAACCACCUAUCCUCAUCCCCAACAUCAUGCCCACCACAGGCGGCGUCGUCGACGCCUUCAAGAAUCUCAUCCGCCAUGGCAAGAACCACACUGCCAGGCAGCACAAUGACGCCGGCCAGUCCGAGUAUGCUAUGCCACAGCAGCAGCAACAGUACCAAGCCCCUCAACACCACCAACAACCUCAACGACAGGCGCGGGAACAGCCACGCGAAGGACAGCAACAACAGCAAACACAGAAGGCUGCCUCGCCCAGGUACAAGGAGGAACUUGAGAAGCUCGUCCAAGAGGAACGGGAGGCCAAGUCCAAGAUGCCAAUUUAUAAGGGGCUGGAGAACUACAAGCUCUUGGACAAGAUGGGAGACGGCGCUUUUUCGAACGUGUACAAGGCAAUCGACCUUCGUACGGGUCAGAGAGUUGCAGUCAAGGUUGUCCGCAAAUACGAACUUAGCGCGUCACAAGAGGGGGAAAAGCAUUUGAAUAAAGAGUUCAAAAAGAAGCCGCGCGUGACAGAGGUGCCAUUUGCUCGUCCAUCCAUCAAUUGUGUAGCUGAUAUAGUAUACUGCAUGUUGUGUAGCGCUCGAACAUUCUCAAGGAGGUGCAAAUUAUGCGUGGCAUCAACCACCCGUCGAUAGUCAAACUCUCGUCGUUCUUCGAGUCCGCAGAGCACUACUUUUUGGUUCUAGAACUGAUGGAGGGAGGCGAGCUCUUCCACCAGAUCGUCAAGCUUACCUAUUUCAGCGAGAAUUUGGCACGGCACGUCAUCCUCCAGGUUGCGCAGGGAAUCCGAUACCUGCAUGAGGAACGUGGUGUCGUACACCGUGACAUCAAGCCCGAGAACCUUCUUUUUGAACCGGUACCCAUCGUACCCUCUAAGAACCCGCUACAGAAGCAAUUCGAUGAGGAUAAGGAGGACGAAGGCGAAUUCAUUGUCGGCAUUGGUGGUGGUGGCAUUGGUAAAGUGAAGAUCGCCGACUUCGGCCUCAGUAAGGUCGUCUGGGAUGAACAAACGAUGACGCCAUGCGGAACUGUCGGUUAUACAGCACCCGAGAUCGUCAAGGACGAACGAUACAGCAAGAGCGUUGAUAUGUGGGCCCUCGGCUGCGUCCUCUAUACCUUGCUCUGUGGAUUCCCACCAUUCUACGACGAAAGCAUCAACGUCCUGACAGAGAAGGUUGCGAGAGGCCACUACACUUUCCUGAGCCCUUGGUGGGAUCCGAUAAGCGCAACAGUGAAGGACCUGAUUACCCACCUGCUCUGCGUUGAUCCUGCUCAGCGAUAUACCAUCGACGAGUUUCUCAACCACCCAUGGUGUAAAGCUGCGCCUGGGCCGCCGCCGCCGCCUACGCCUGGGCCAGACCUCCAGAACAUGCCCCUUGAUUCACCACUUCUCGCAGCAGUCCGCGGUGGAGGGCGAGAGGCGCGAUCACCAGGUAUCGCAACGCUCAAAGAGGCGUUCGAUAUCACUUACGCAGUGCACCGUAUGGGAGAAGAGGGUGCUCGGAAACGCGCUGCCAAGGGGGGCGCGAAUCGCGGUUUCCUUGGCGGACUCAACGAGGAGGACGAAGAUGCUUCCAUGGAGGAGGACGAACAUAUUGUGGCUGAGGCGCGACAACGGCAUGGCGAGGAAACCGACGAUCGUCGAGCGCAAGUGGUCGCACCGCAGCAGCCGCCGCAAGGUGCAGGUGCGAAGGUCGCCGCGAAGCGGGCACUACAAGGUGGAACGGCGCACGUCAAGGCUAACUCGCCUAUUUACGACGGUCGUGCGGGUCAGAGAGACAGGGGCAGGAAGACGGGGGCGGGGGCAGUGUCGUUCGAGCUCGAUCUGCAGGGCGCGACGCUGCUUGGCCGGCGACACAAGCGAGGUGGUGAGGGCGCGUCUGCGAUGAGCAGUGGUAGCAGUCCGUUGGCUCAAGGCGGGUUCUCUAUCGCUCCUUGUCAUAUUAUGUCUCGUGGUUACUCGCCAGUCAAGUUGCCAGUUGGCCACCAAGCUGACACAAACAGAGUACGCGGCGCCACGAAGGACGCUCCGCACACGCGGCAAAGAAGCGCCGGUAGCCUGAAGUUCGGCUCUGCGAAGCGGUCAGGCCAGGACACCCUCGUCAUGCCUUCAGAUGUCCAAUCCCCACCACAAGAGACAGCGGAUACAAGUUCGAGCUUCGUCUCACAGAUCCUUACCCCGGGGUCCUCGCUACAUCCUACUUUCCUGCUCGUACUCGACGGCGCCUUCGCCGUGCUGCUCUGCGUCUUCCUCGCACUGCUAUUCUUGACCGGGGGCAGCAUCCACAUCUUAGUGCUAAUCGGAAUCCAAGGGUGUCUAUGGGCAAGCAUAAAAUGGUGCGCAGUCUGUCACGGCGACGGUGCUCUGAUACUGAGUGUGUCAAGGUUCGUCACCGAGCUCCAGAAGGCUGUUCCUCCCGCUGCAGAGCAGAAGACGGAACGGAAGGAGAAGAAUGAAUGAAUGAACCCGUAUUACAAUACAAACGCCAUACGACAUAAUCUACAAUACAGCAUACCCCUUUGGCCCACAUGAUAUUCAUCGCCGCCCGCGUUCAGUCAUUUCGUACCACCUCUUCGUUUUCCGCGCACUGUCUUGUGCCGACGCGAACACUGCUCUCAAGUAAGCACAAUCACGUCCAAAAGGUAAAGACAAACACGUACGCUCGCGUUCCGUGCCAUCCAGUCCUUCGCGAAACGCCAGAGUGCCGUCGCUGGCACCCGCACCACCCCCCGACACAUUUAUCGAAGCGAAGUGUUGGGCUUGAUCAAUGACUUCUGGGAGCCGGGCACGAAAUGUCUGGGAUGAGGAGAGACAUGGAGUCAGGAGGGGAUAUCACACAAUGGAGAGGAAGGCGGACCUUGACGAGGAUGUUCGAGAUUUCGUUGGCGGGGACAUCAUCAAGCCUGUUGCAUGAAUGGAGACAGAUGAGAAGUUAUCUAGGGGUAGUACGCACAGUUUCAUGAUCAUGCGGCCGAAGCCAUACCACAGGCCCCCUUGGCCCACCAGAUUGGACAAUUUCACACUUCGUGCCUCCGCGUUCAGUGCGUUCCGCACUCGUGCUUGGAAGGGUGGCGGUAUAUUGAAGUCUGCGUAAUCGCUACGAAACAAAGUCGGUAGCCACAGACGAGCGCAGACGUCUGAAACGCACGAAUAUAUGAGGAUGUAGGCCAUCCACAUAGGUAUCUGAAUCUUGCUGAGAGCCUUGAUGUCGCGUUCGGUGCCUCCGUCCAGAUGACCCAUGUCUGGGAUGUCAACCUUGAAUGUGCAUUGUAUCUUCUGGUUUUCUGCGAGGAUGGAGUCUAUGGAGUAGUAAUCGUCGUCCAUGCUGGGUCAGGUGCGAAGUCACUGGUUAAGUCGUGUCCUGCACGCGACGCGAGAGCCCCGCG